CCUCUCUCUGUGCAGGAGAGAGGCGGAGUCCGGAGAGGGAAGACCAGCUAGGCCUCCAGGUCCCGGGGACCUCCUGGGCCGCCGAUCCCUCUUCAAAGACCCAGCGCGGGUUCCGACUCUGGGGACCUGCGAAGGAGGUUCGGGAGGGAGCUUUAAGGGAAGCCCUGUCUGCAGCGGCAGUGCACGUGAGGGGUGGAGUGGAGGACAGCCCUGCCCACGUCUCAGAGACGGGUGGAGUCUCGGAGGAAAACCCGGGCAGUCUGCCUUCCAGUACUGGGGCUGGGGAAAGCAUAUGGGCUACCUCCAUUCUUGCCCAGAGGGGGCGGAGUCCAAUAAUAGGCCCAGAAACAGGCCGAGUCGAACAACCUCACCGCGCCCCUUGUGCUGGGAGGUAGGUCUCCCAUGCACGUGCUUGCUCGGGACAGCCAAUCUCUGCCUGCUCUGUAUCCCUGAUGUGGCCCCCAGGGUCUGGCCACUGGCAGUUGACUACCCCAGGGAUGGAAGGGCCAUUGGGGGUGUUGCGGAAUGUGACCCACAGUGUGGAGCAGAGCCCAGGCAGCCAGGUCUCAUUGGCCACAAUGCCGGAGGCGCCUGAGGUGCUAGAGGAGACAGUGACAGUGGAGGAGGACCCUGGCACACCCACCUCCCAUGUGUCCAUCGUCAUGUCGGAAGAUGGCACUACAAGGCGCACAGAGACCAAGGUCACCAAGACGGUCAAGACAGUGACCACACGAACAGUGCGCCAGGUGCCUAUGGGCCCAGAUGGCCUCCCGGUCCUGGAUGGUGGCCCCCCGCUGGGGCACUUUGCCGAUGGCCCCCUGGACCGGCACUUCCUGCUGCGUGGGGGUGGCCCAGCUGCCACGCUCUCUCGAACCUACCUCAGCAGUGGGAUUGGCUUUUCUGACAGCCCUGAGCCCCGUGACAUCCCCAGCUAUGGCAGCCUGUCCCGUGGGCUGGGGGUACGGCCCCCUCGUGGGGGCCCCCUUGGCCCAGGCUCUGGUGACGGCUGCUUCACACUGCCUGGCCGCCGUGAAGCCUUCACUGAGGGCCCUGAGCCUGUGCCAUCGGCCAGUCGCUCCCAGCCUGAGCGCUUCCAGGCAGAGCCCUAUGGCCUGGAGGACGACACACGCAGCCUGGCUGCCGAUGAAGGGGGUGGCCCGGAGCUGGAGCCUGACUAUGGCACGGCCACGAGGAGGAGGCCUGACUGUGGGCGGGGCCUUCGCACUAGGGCCUAUGAGGACGCGGCAGACGAUAGCGGUGAAAUGAUGGAAGAGAGGCCCCCAUUCCCAGCCACAACAGCACCCCUGGCCCAGCCAGAACGGGGCAGCCUGGGCAGCCUGGACCGGGUGGUGCGGCACUCGCCCUCCGUGGACAGUGCCCGCAAGGAGCCACGUUGGCGGGACCCUGAGCUGCCUGAGGUCCUGGCCAUGCUGCGGCAUCCCGUGGACCCCGUGAAGGCCAACGCGGCGGCCUACCUGCAGCACUUGUGCUUUGAGAAUGAGGGCGUCAAGCGGCGCGUGAGGCAGCUGCGGGGACUGCCGCUGCUUGUGGCUCUGCUGGACCACCCAAGGGCAGAGGUGCGGCGCCGGGCCUGCGGGGCACUGCGAAACCUCUCCUAUGGCCGAGACACUGACAACAAGGCUGCCAUCCGGGACUGCGGUGGCGUGCCCGCCUUGGUGCGCCUGCUACGAGCCGCUCGGGACAACGAGGUCCGAGAGCUCGUCACAGGCACACUCUGGAACCUGUCAUCCUACGAGCCCCUGAAGAUGGUCAUCAUUGACCAUGGCCUACAGACACUGACUCACGAGGUCAUUGUGCCCCACUCGGGCUGGGAGCGAGAGCCCAAUGAGGACUCCAAGCCACGGGAUGCUGAGUGGACGACUGUCUUCAAGAACACAUCAGGCUGCUUGAGGAACGUGAGCUCAGAUGGCGCAGAAGCCCGGCGGCGACUUCGGGAGUGUGAAGGGCUGGUGGACGCACUCCUGCAUGCCCUUCAGUCAGCUGUGGGCAGGAAGGACACGGACAACAAGUCAGUGGAGAACUGCGUCUGCAUCAUGAGGAACCUGUCCUACCACGUGCACAAGGAGGUGCCCGGGGCCGAUAGGUACCAGGAGGCCGAGCCUGGGCCCCUGGGCAGUACUGCAGGCUCCCAGCACCGGAGGCGGGAUGACGCCGGCUGCUUCGGUGGCAAGAAGGCCAAAGAGGACUGGUUCCAUCAAGGGAAGAAGGAUGGUGAGAUGGACCGAAACUUCGACACACUGGACCUGCCCAAGAGAGCCGAGGCUGCCAAGGGCUUUGAGCUGCUGUAUCAGCCCGAGGUGGUGCGUCUCUACCUCUCCCUCCUCACGGAGAGCCGGAACUUCAACACCCUGGAGGCUGCAGCUGGUGCCCUGCAGAACCUCAGUGCUGGCAAUUGGAUGUGGGCCACGUACAUUCGCGCCACCGUGCGCAAGGAGCGUGGGCUGCCCGUGCUGGUGGAGCUGCUGCAGUCUGAGACCGACAAGGUGGUGCGUGCUGUCGCCAUCGCUUUGCGCAACCUUUCGCUGGACCGACGCAACAAGGACCUCAUUGGGAGCUACGCCAUGGCCGAGCUGGUGCGGAACGUGCGCAAUGCGCAGGCUCCAGCACGACCCGGGGCCCACUUGGAGGAGGACACGGUGGUGGCCGUGCUCAACACCAUCCACGAGAUCGUGUCAGACAGCCUGGACAACGCCCGCUCGCUGCUGCAGGCCCGCGGCGUGCCAGCACUGGUGGCCCUUGGUGCCUCCAGCCAAUCAGUGCGAGAGGCGAAGGCUGCGUCCCACGUGCUACAGACGGUGUGGAGCUACAAGGAGCUGCGCGGUGCCCUGCAGAAGGAUGGCUGGACCAAGGCACGCUUCCAGUCGGCUGCUGCUAAUGCCAAGGGGCCCAAGGCAGCACUGAGUUCUGGAGGCUUCGAUGACAGCACUCUGCCGCUGGUGGACAAGAGCCUCGAUGGUGAGAAGCCAGGAAGCCGGGACGUGAUACCCAUGGAGGCCCUUGGCCCAGAUGGAUACACUACUGUGGACCAGAGAGAGUGGAGGGCUCGAGGCAGUGCCCCUGCGGGGGACAUCUCUGAGAAGGAGCCUUUAAAACCUGACCCCAGCAGGAAGGCUCCUCCAGGGCCCAGCCGGCCCACGGUCAGGCUGGUGGACGCUGUGGGGGACGCUAAGCCUCAGCCCGUUGACUCCUGGGUCUAGCUUGCAUGCCUGGGCCUGGGCCCAGCCUUUCAUUCUUAGGGAUCUGAUCGUGGGAAGAAGGGAUCUCCAGGGCCAGCCUGCACAGAGCCUGCGUGGAGCUUGGAGCCCCCUGGUGGCAGGGCUCAGCAGCGCCUCUGCACCAGAUCCAAGGCUGGACUUGCUGGACCUGCCUACCUUCCCACCCGCGACUCCCUCC